CUACUUCUCUCAGUUCGAGAAAAAGAAAAGAAAAAAAAACCUCUAAAUAUAUCCUCCCAUUAAUGUUUCUCAGCUAAGAAACGUGAUCUCUCUUUUCUUUUACUCAGUACUUCACGAUCGAUCUGUUUAUUAAUAACAGGUCUUGUUCUUUCCUUGUUAUUGUGAGCGAGGUUAGUAGCAACUCAGCUGAAGAAAUAUUUUGUGAUGGAUAUAAGUAAACUAACAUUAGAUAUUUUUACAAAACUAGAACAAAAAUGGUUACUAUCAAAUUGUGAAGAGAAGAAAACAAGAAUUUUAAGUAUAGAUGGAGGAGGAACAAAGGGUUUUAUUUCUGGAUCAAGCCUGAUACAUCUUGAAGAUCAGAUCCAAGAGAGAACUGGUGAUCCUAAUUCACGCAUUUCCGAUUUCUUCGACAUUGUUGCUGGUACUGGCAUUGGCGCAUUAUAUGCUGCAAUGUUAGUUGCUGAUGAUGGUGAAGGUCGUCCGUUGUUUACAGCUAAAUCAGCUGUUAAAUUAGUUACUGAAAAACAAUCUAAAAUGUUUAAAGUAAAGAACGUUGGUGUUUUUCGCCGUCACCGGAGAUAUUCGUGUAAAAACAUUGAUAAAGUGUUAAAACAAACACUGACUAAAGAUGAUGGUAAGGUUUUAACACUCAAGGAUACGUGUAAGCCAUUGUUGAUUCCUUGCUAUGAUUUGAAAAGUUCAGGUCCUUUUGUUUUCUCAAGAGCUGAUGCCAUAGAAUCAGAUAGUUUUGAUUUUGAGUUAUGGAAAGUAUGUCGAGCAACAUCAGCAACGCCGAAAAUGUUUAAGCCGUAUGAGUUAAUGUCUGUGGAUGAAAAAACUUGUUGUUUAGCUAUUGAUGGUGGAUUAGUUAUGAAUAAUCCAACUUCUGCUGCUGUUACUCAUGUUUUACACAAUAAACGGGAUUUCCCGUCUGUUAAUGGAGUUGAAGACUUGUAUGUUUUAUCGUUAGGUAAUGGCCCGUUGAGUAAUCCGUUAAAAGAGAAAGUUGGUAGUAACGGAGAAUGUUCAGUACCUGCACUCGUUGAUAUUGUUCUUGAUGGGGUUUCUGAAACUGUUGAUCAAAUGCUUGGAAAUGCAUUUUGUUGGAAUCAAUCAGAUUACGUCCGUAUCCAGGCACACGGUAUUAUGACCGAGAAAAUGGAGACAGUAACGGAAGAUUUAUUGAGAGAAAGAGGAGUCGAAUCAUUGCCAUUUGGAGGGAAACGGUUACUGACAGAGACCAACGGGCAAAGAAUAGACAAGUUUGUUCAACGGCUUGUUGCAUCAGGAAGAAGUAGCUUGCCCCCAAGUCCGUGCAAACAAAUCUCAGUUAGCCCUCUAGUCAACGGGAGAAAUAGUUUACCACCAAGUCCAUUCAAGGAACUCGGCGCUAACCCUCUUGUUAACGGCCGUUAGAUUGUCUCAUCUCUAUUUUCAGGGUUAAAUAUGAAUAAUAAUUAAAAUUAGGUUCUUUAAUUAACUUUAGUUUGAUUCUGUUUAUCUUUAGGUUUUGUCCCUAACUUUUAACUUCGGUAUCAAAAUCAACUUGCCUUGUUGAUCUUAGCUUAGUAGUAGACUAGUACUACUAGACUAGUAAUAGUAGUAGUGUUGCUGAUGUUGUUAGCUAGCUGUAGCCUUUAAUUAGAGCUUAUUAGUCAAAUCUUUAUUUGUAACAAUUUUCUAAUCGAACGAAGAAAAAAGUUUAUGUUCCCAAUUGAUGAUCAUCAAAGUUUAUGAUAUGAGAUAUUUUA